AUGACCCCGCGCUGGGACCAGCGCUCUCCGAGCCGGACUUCACCAGCGACCCAGCACCCUCCGACCAGAGGUCACUGCACCUACUCCUGUGCCCGUAGCUCCCGUUACCACGCCCACUCCCAGGCCCUGCCUUUCCAGGCCUGCUCCGAGGCCACCGGAACUAUUUGCCAGAACUGUGCCCAGUCCCUGUCUAUUUUCCAGAAAGAGGGUGCUUUUCCUGGCGGGGUUGCUGAAUUCGGCGCACCACCGAGCUUCAUCAUUACAGUUAGCUCCUGGGCUAACCGAGACGGUGGAGGGAUUCUGGGACGAGGCGACCAAGGUUUUUAUGGACCCAGCGGAGCAGCGGAUAAGGAGCUGUCACUCAAAAAGCCAGCGGCUGCUUCACCCGCCACACUGUCUCUUCCACCCGGCACACUGUCUCUACCACCCGGCACACUGUUUCUACCACCUGGCACACUGUCUCUACCACCCGGCACACUGUUUCUACCACCUGGCACACUGUCUCUACCACCCGGCACACUGUCUCUACCACCCGGCACACUGUUUCUACCACCUGGCACACUGUCUCUACCACCCGGCACACUGUCUCUACCAGACGACACACUGUCUCUAUCAGAUGACACACUGUUUCUCCCACCCGGCACACUGUUUCUCCCACCUUCACACUGUCUCUACCACCUGACACACUGUCUCUACCACCAGGCACACUGUCUCUACCACUCGGCACACCGUCUCUACCACCCGGCACACUGUCUCUACCACUCGGCACACUGUCACUACCAAUCGGCACACUGUCUCUACCACUCGGCACACUGUCUCUACCACUCGGCACACUGUCUCUACCAGACGGCACACUGUCUCUACCAGACGGCACACUGUCUCUACCAGACGGCACACUGUCUCUACCACUCGGCACACUGUCUCUACCAGACGGCACACUGUCUCUACCAGACGGCACACUGUCUCUACCACUCGGCACACUGUCUCUACCAGACGGCACACUGUCUCUACCAGACGGCACACUGUCUCUACCAGACGGCACACUGUCUCUACCAGACGGCACACUGUCUCUACCAGACGGCACACUGUCUCUACCACUCGGCACACUGUCUCUACCAGACGGCACACUGUCUCUACCAGACGGCACACUGUCUCUACCAGACGGCACACUGUCUCUACCAGACGGCACACUGUCUCUACCACUCGGCACACUGUCUCUACCAGACGGCACACUGUCUCUACCAGACGGCACACUGUCUCUACCAGACGGCACACUGUCUCUACCACUCGGCACACUGUCUCUACCAGACGGCACACUGUCUCUACCACUCGGCACACCGUCUCUACCACUCGCCACACUGUCUCUACCACCCGGCACACUGUCUCUACCACCCGGCACACUGUUUCUACCACCUGGCACACUGUCUCUACCAGACGACACACUGUCUCUAUCAGAUGACACACUGUUUCUCCCACCCGGCACACUGUUUCUCCCACUUUCACACUGUCUCUAACACCUGA